AUGGCCAUCCUAUCGAGUGUCGAGCCCAUUGCGCUGGACGCCAUAGAUGGCAAAGCCCUGCACGAGAAGACCACGUCCGCGUCGACGCCCUCGGACGGGUCGGAGAAGAUACGGGCCUUUGACGACGACGAAGAAGAGGUGCACGUGACCAAUCCGGAACAGCGCCGGAUCUUGCAGGAGCUGGCCGACAAGGAGGAGCUGAUCCCGACGGAAGCGUUCAAGGCCAAUGUCGACGGCGACCAGUCCCCGUUCCCCGAGGUCGCGGCAUGUGUGCCGAAUACAGACGACCCAACAAUUCCCUGCAAUACUUUUCGAGCUUGGGUUCUGACCACAUUUUGGGUGCUUAUCUUGGCCGGUGUCAACCAGUUCUUCAGCAUGCGCUAUCCGUCUCUCGCGAUCAGCUAUGUUGUCGCCCAGAUUCUAGUCUUCCCCAUGGGCCGUUUGUGGGAACGCAUGCCGCGCUGGCGUGUGCCUCUCGGCAAAUAUUCCUUUGACGUCAACCCCGGGCGCUUUUCGAUCAAAGAGCACGCUCUGAUUGCUAUUGUCCGUGGAGAUGUCCCCGUUUCGACGGCCUACGCCUCGGGCUCACUCGUGGCUAUCAUCAGCGAUGAGUAUUGGGGCUUAGACUACGGGGCUGGCUUUUCCUUCUUGUAUCUUCUCACUUCUCAGUCACUUGGGUUCGGACUUGCAGGACUUGCACGCCGCUGGCUCGUUUAUCCGGCUGCCCUUAUCUGGCCGGCGUCCCUACCAUCAGCCGUUCUCUUUCGCGCUCUGCACGAGCCGCAGGACAGGUCGGCUGUCAAUGGAUGGACCGUAGGGCGGUACCGGUUUUUCAGCUACUUCUCCGCUUUCAGCUUCGUUCUGUACUGGAUUCCAGAUUAUAUAUGGACAAGCACAAGCGCCUUUGACUUUAUCACCUGGAUUGCGCCGCACAACCAGAAAGUCAAUACCAUAUUUGGGAUGAAUUCUGGUCUUGGCCUCUUGCCCUUGAGUAUAGACUGGACCCAAAUCACGUACGCGGGACAGCCGCUUCAAACACCCUUUUACAUCACUCUGCCGCUACUCUCCUCUUCGACUUUUGAUAACACGGGAAAAGCAUACAAUAUUACGCGUGUUAUUAAUUCCGACCUUACAUUGAACGUUACCAAAUACGAAGCGUACUCGCCCAUGUACAUCACCAUGUCCUAUUCGCUCUCAUACGCACUUUCAUUUGCCGCCGUGACGGCCAUUGUCGUCCAUACGUACCUCUACAAUGGCUCGGAAAUCUGGGAGAAAUGGAAGAACGCCAAGAGUGGCGGAGAAGAUGUUCACAGACGCCUUAUGUACGCUUACAAGGAGGUUCCGGACUGGUGGUAUGGCGUUCUCACGAUCGUUGUUUUCGGGCUCGGCAUCAUGACUAUUCGUUACUGGGACACGGGCCUUCCGGUAUGGGGCUUCAUUGUCGUUUGUGGAGGCUUUGGUUUCUUCCUUAUCGUGCCAGAAGGAAUUUUGGAGGGGACAACGAACCAACGGAUCUUCCUAAACAUCAUCACCGAGCUUGUCGCUGGAUAUGCGUGGCCAGGAAAGCCGAUUGCCAAUAUGAUGGUCAAGUGCUUUGGGUACAACUCGGUCAAACACGGCAUGGAUUUUGCCCAGGAUCUCAAGCUUGGACAAUACAUGAAAAUCCCUCCUCGACCUCUUUUCUUCGGCCAGAUCUACGCCACUAUCUUAGCUACGAUGGCACAGACAGGUGUUCUGCGCUGGAUGAUCGGCCACAUCCCUAAUCUUUGCUCUCCAAAGAACACAGACCGGUUCACCUGUGCCGGUGCCAAAGUUGUGUACAGUGCAUCUAUGAUCUGGGGCAGCAUUGGUCCACAACGCAUGUUCCAACAUGGGCAGGUGUAUUCGUCCAUCAUGUACUUCUUUAUCAUUGGUCCAGCUGUUACCGUGAUCGUGUACAUUGCGUACAAGCGCCAUCCACACAGCUGGAUCAGAUACAUCAACGUGCCCAUUUUCUUCAAUGCGGCGGGAAAUAUUCCGCCUGCGAAUACGACACAAUACUCGCUGUGGUUCAUCUUCGGCUUCAUUUUCAACUACCUCAUCCGAAAGCGGGCCUUCAACUGGUGGCAGCGCUAUAACUAUCUUCUUCAAGCCGCAAUGGACACAGGUACGGCCAUCGCAACGAUAAUUAUCUACUUUGCACUAGACUACCACCGCACCACGUUCAAUUGGUGGGGAAACACGGUGGGUUCCAACACAGAUGACGCAAAUUCAGUGCCGUGGUUGAAGGUUGCGAAAGGCGGCCAUUUCGGCAAGGGCCCUGGUCAGUUCUGA